UAAUGUUAUAUUUGCACCUUUAUAUUACAAAACACGUUGUAUGUGGAUUGAAAGUAGCCUAUUGGAUGGCUUUAUAAGAUUAGUUUUUUCUUCACAGACAUCAACUGAAAAUAGACGCUGCACAGAUUCGACUGAUCGUUGUAGAAACGUGAUUGACAGACCGUACACUAUUUUUAUACGGUCUAUGGACCGUGCACACAGAAGACUAGAUUGGUAAGACAAUGUUGUAAAUAUUAAUUAAUCAGUAUAGCGCCUCCGUUAAACUGAUACGCACGAAAAAGCAAUAUAUACAGUCUAGCUAGUAUGAUUUAACGUGAUUAGCUGUGCAAUAAUUUCGUUCAGACAUCGUUCGUUGUCACACAAAGGGCCACCUACACAUUAAGCUACCCUCUGGUCCUUCUACAUUUUUGUGAGCGUGCAUACUCCCUAUAUUACGAUUACUGUCCGCGACCCCGUGAGUGCUGUACUCGUCGUGAGCGCGUCCGGCCUUGCAUCGGUUGAAACACUGGAGCGCACGUAAGGAGGCAGAGUGGGAUUCAUUGGUAGAAAGGCUAGAGAGAGGAGUAGGAAGGAAAUAAAACAAAAAACCUAGAGCCAGUGGAAUUAAGGAGGCUGGCAAAAGUCAGAAAAUCGGAGGAGAAAGAGUCUGACGAGAAAGCACAAAUUCAAACAGUAAGAGAUGGCUAAGGCGAGUGAGGUUUUGAUGUCGGUCCUGUCCACAAUUCGGGUUCCGCGGGCCGGGGACCGUGUCCACAAAGACGAAUGCGCCUUCUCCUUUUCUUCACCGGAGAGCGAGGGAGGUCUGUACGUGUGUAUGAAUACUUUCCUGGGGUUUGGCAGUCAGUAUGUUGACAGACACUACAGCAGGACCGGCCAGAGAGCCUACUUGCACAUCACACGCACCCGUAAAGCGCAGAAGGAGGAUGACAAUAGCUCUGGUUCAGGUGACCCACCCAAGAAGAAGCCCACUCGAUUGGCUAUUGGAAUAGAGGGAGGGUUCGAUGUGGAGCAGGAUCAGUACGAGGAGGAAGUGAAAGUAGUCCUGCUUCCAGACCGGCAGGAAGUGACAUCGGAGGACUUGGCCAGCAUGCCCGAAGUUGUGAGAGAGAGGGUGUCCCAGUCCAUGGCCGGCUUGAUGUCGGCCGACUCGGUGUCCCACGCGCUGCAGGUGCAGCAGUGGGACGGUGAGGUCCGGCUGGAGUCCAGACACGCCGCCGACCUCAAGCAGCUGGACAACGGAAUCAAGAUCCCACCCAGCGGGUGGAAGUGCGAGGUGUGCGACCUGCAGGAGAACCUGUGGAUGAAUCUGUCGGACGGGAAGGUGCUCUGCGGCCGCAGGUAUUUCGACGGCUCCGGGGGCAACAACCACGCCCUCCUGCACUUCCAGCAGACUGGAUACCCGCUUGCUGUCAAACUGGGAACAAUUACCCCUGACGGGGCAGAUGUGUACUCCUAUGAGGAAGAUGACAUGGUGCUGGACGCUAAGCUCCCAGAGCAUCUCUCCCACUUCGGCAUCAACAUGAUGACCAUGGAGAAGACGGAGCGCACCAUGACGGAGCUGGAGAUCGCGGUAAACCAGCGCGUGGGCGAGUGGGAGGUGAUCCAGGAGUCGGGGGCCACGCUGCAGCCCCUCUGGGGCCCCGGCCUCACCGGCAUGAAGAACCUGGGGAACAGCUGCUACCUCAACUCCGUCAUGCAAGUGCUCUUCACAGUGCCGGACUUCCAGAGCAAGUACGUCUCCAAAAUUGAGAAGAUUUUCAGUGAGGGGCCCAGUGACCCAACCCAGGACUUCAAAACGCAAGUAGCAAAGCUGGGCUACGGUUUGUUGUCGGGAGAAUAUUCCAAACCUGCUCCUGACCCAGGAGACGAUCCCACAGUGAACCCUGAACCCAGGGGGGACCAGGUUGGCAUAGCACCCCGCAUGUUCAAGGCCCUGGUUGGACGAGGGCACCCGGAGUUCUCCACCAGUCGUCAGCAAGACGCUCAGGAGUUUUUACUGCAUUUCAUUAACAUGGUGGAGAGGAACUGCCGUUCGGGAGAGAACCCCACCGAAGCCUUCCGCUUCCUGGUGGAAGAGCGGAUCGUCUGUCAGCAGUCACACAAAGCCAAGUACACACAGAGGGUCGACUACAUUGUGCAGCUACCUGUGCCCAUGGACCAGGCCACCAACCUAGAGGAAAUCCAGGAGGCGGAACGGCGGCGUGAGGAGGCGGAGUCGGCGGGCGCCCCCCCUCCACCCGCCCCGCGCGCCCGCAUCCCGUUCACCGCCUGCCUGGCGGCCUUAAGCGAGCCCGAGACGCUGACCGACUUCUGGAGCUCCGCCGUGCAGGCCAAGACCACGGCCAGCAAGACCACCCGCUUCGCCUCUUUCCCCGAUCAUCUCGUCAUCCAGGUUAAGAAGUUCACCUUUGGCCUGGACUGGGUCCCAAAGAAGCUGGAUGUGAGCAUUGACGUGCCUGACACGCUGGAUCUGAGCGCGCUCCGUGGGACGGGACAGCAGCCGGGGGAGGAGUUGCUUCCAGAGGUGGCCCCGCCCUCUCUCGUGACCCCAGAUGUGGAGGUCAAAGCCCCGGUGCUGGACGACUCCACGGUGUCUCAGCUGUGUGAGAUGGGCUUCCCCCUGGAGGCCUGCAGGAAGGCGGUGUACUACACCGGGAACACCGGCAUCGACGCCGCCAUGAACUGGGUCAUGGGCCACAUGGACGACCCAGAUUUCUCCGCCCCCCUGGUGUUGCCCGGCUGUAGCUCCGCCCCCGGGACCACGCCCGCAGAACCCGUGUCCGAGGAGCACUUAGCGACCAUCGUCUCCAUGGGCUUCAGCCGAGACCACGCCACGCGUGCGCUGCGGGCCACGAGUAACGUCCUGGAGCGGGCGGUGGACUGGAUCUUCUCCCACCUGGAUGACCUGGAGUCCAUGGAGGUGUCGGAGGGGGGGCGCUCGGCCGGGGAGAGCGAGAAGAGCAAGGAGGCCCCCCCGGGACCCCGCGUGAGGGACGGACCUGGAAAGUAUGAGCUGUUCGCCUUCAUCAGCCACAUGGGCGCCAGCACGAUGUGCGGCCACUACGUCUGCCACAUCAAGAAGGACCAGCAGUGGGUCAUCUUUAACGAUCAGAAAGUAUGUGCCUCCGAGAAGCCCCCCAAGGACCUGGGGUACCUGUACUUCUACAGGAGAGUGACGGAGUGAGAGGAAAGAGGAGGGGGAGUGCCUACACACUCACUCACACACACACACGCUCACACACAAGCACACACAGACUCACACGCACACACGCACGCACUCACACAUACACACACUCACACUCACUCAAUCUCACUCUUACACACACACACACUCACACUUACACAUACAUUAAGCUACUGAGACACUGGCCUCUCAACUGACAUACCAUGAAAUACAGGAAAACUGCAGUCGGCAGGAUAAAUGCACUACUCUACCACUUGGUGUAAACACACACACACACGCAUGCACACAAACAGACACACGCUCACAGACACGUACACACACACACACACUAGACUGGCAGGAAGGGAUGGACUGAUUGCUCCAGCAGACUGUUCACAAACACUUUCCUAGAGUGUUUGUGAACAGUGUUCCAGUUUACUGAUGCCCGUCUCUUUCCAGCCCACCCUUGCUGCCAAUCACGGUUUCUCCCCUCACACCGCACUCUUCUCUCCCCAUUGGCUGCGGCUUCUGUGAUAUCAUCGCUUCUUCUGCCAACUGGCUUCCAGCUCUCCCUCUUUCUGUUCCAAAAAAAAAACCACAAA